AUGAAUAUUUCGCUCAGCGAUGUCGGACAUAUAGCAUCAAUUGAGAUUUUGUUAGGAGCUGAUGUUGUAGGCAAAUUGUAUACAGGGAGGAAAUAUCAGUUACAGUGUGGUCUUGUAGCAGUUGAAACUUUGUUAGGUUGGACUCUUAUGGGCAAGGUGCCGGCAGUUGCUUCUAAUUUCAGCACAUCUAUGAUGUCGAUUGCGUUGUUUGUUGAUAGUUCUUCUGUGGCGAAACUCUGGGAGCUUGAUAUUAUUGGGAUAACCGAUCCUGUAGAAAAAUUGACACGAGAGGUGGCGGCCAAGGAGGCUAAGAAUUUUUUCUAUGAGACUAUCCGAUGUGACAACGAAGGUAGGUAUGAGGUUAUGUUACCUUGGUUGAACAAGCAUCCUUUAAUUUCAGAUAAUUUAGUUGUCGCUAGAAGAAGGUUAGAUACUACUUUAAAUAAGUUGAAAAAGUCCAAUUUGUUUGAAUCGUAUAAUUUAAUAUUCAAUGAGUGGUUGAACGAGGGUGUGAUCGAAAUAGUAAAUAAUCCCGAAGAGAAUAAUUGUGUGCACUAUUUGCCUCACAGGCCCGUUAUUAAAAAUACUAGCGAAACCACGAAAAUUAGGCCAGUCUUUGAUGCAUCAUCUCAUGAACAGGGUCGUCCUUCUUUGAACCGGUGUUUAGAGGUAGGGCCUAAUCUUAUUGAACUUAUUCCUUCUGUGUUAUUACGGUUCAGACAACAAAAAAUAGGUUUGGUGUCGGAUAUUCGAAAAGCUUUUCUUCAAAUUUCUGUACAUUCGAAGGACAGAGAUUUUUUGAGGUUCCUAUGGGUAAACAAUGAAGGAAAGGAAUUUGUAUUUCGACAUAGGAGAGUUGUUUUUGGAGUCAACUGUAGUCCAUUUCUUCUGGGUGCUACUAUAGAAUUUCAUUUGAUAAAGGCGCUGGAGAAGUGUUGUAAUGAUAUGCCGUACUCUAAAAAUACAAUUGAAAGGCUUAUGAUUGGGUUCUAUGUAGAUAAUUGUGUGACUAGUGUUACUGAUGAGAAUGAGUUGAGAAAGUUCGUAUCAGAAGCAACUGCCAUCAUGGAGGAAGCUAAGAUGGAUUUGAGAGGGUGGAGUCUUCUGGUAGUACAAAAACAGUUGUCCCUGUUCUUGGUCUUCUCUGGGACUUCUCAAGAGACACACUAA